AUGAACAAUGCCGCAAAUCAGUAUGACUUAGAACACUGCGACCCCACGCGCACUCAGGUGCGUCCACAACCAUCUGCAACACCAUCGACAACUUCAUCAUCACUACUGUCUUCAUAUACAUACUCUGAAGACGGAGAAUGUUCUUAUGCGAAGAGAUCUUAUAAUCCAAAAGUCCUAUGUCAAAACUUCAUAGAUUCAUUCAAACCAUUUGAUUAUUCAACGUUACCCCCAAUCUACUUCCGGAAUAAAAUCCUCCAUACACAUCAACUUCAAGAAGAUCAAACUCCUAGUGUAGAAGUCACCUUCCACCCCAAUCAUCCACAAUUCGAUUAUUCAAGAUUGACUGAUCUAGAACGAGAUGCAUUAGUCACUGCAAAUUCACCAUUAUCAAGACAUUUAAAAACUAGACAUCUAACACUUAUCUCCUUAGGUGCGGCCAUUGGUUCCGGAUUAUUUGUAGGAUCAGGGUCAGCUUUAUCACAUGCUGGACCGCUUGGAUUAUUUCUUGUUUGGUUUUAUAUUGGAAGUAUUGUGUUUGCCACAUUGGCCGCAUUGGCAGAAUUAGCGACUGCAUUCCCCAUAAGUGGCGCAUUUGCCACGUUUAUAACGUUAUUCAUUGAUAGUUCGGUUGGAUUUGCCAUUGCCUGGAAUUAUGCAUUACAAUGGUUAAUUAUUCUUCCUUUACAACUAGUCGCUGCUGCAAUGUCAGUUCAAUUCUGGGAUACAUCCAUUCAUCCAGCCGUAUUUGUGACGAUAUUCUACUUAUUUAUAUUAUUCAUCAAUCUUUUUGGAGUUAAAGGAUAUGGAGAAGCCGAAUCGAUAUUGAGUAUACUUAAAAUCAUCGCCGUGGUGGGAUUUAAUAUUUUAGCAGUCAUUAUCGUAACCGGUGGUGUACCAGGAACACCUUAUAUUGGAGCCAAGAAUUGGCAACCACCUGAAGGGGGACUAUUCAACUCAGUAGAGCCAUUUAAACAAAUGUGUUAUAUCUUAGCAUCGGCCCUGUUUGCAUAUGUAGGUACUGAAAUAUUCGCCUUAGCAAGUGUUGAAUCCCGUACACCUAAAGAAUCCAUCAAUAGAGCCAGAUUACAUAUCGUUUAUCGAAUAGCAUUGUUUUACUUUGUAUCAAUUAUUAUGAUUGGGUUUUUAGUCCCAUAUACAUCUGAUCAACUUCAGGCACAACUGCGUCGACUUUCUGAUGUAACGGUAUCACCUUUUGUCAUUGCCAUCAAAAAUGCAAAUAUUAAAGUCCUUCCUUCAAUAUUGAAUAGUGUGGUUAUAGUCACCGUUCUUUCAGUUGGGAAUGCUGGUGUUUAUGCUGCUACUAGAGUCAUGUGUGCCUUGGGUUCAUUGCGUCAAGGUCCUAGUUGGUUACAUUAUAUUGACAGAAAGGGGCGUCCUAUGGGAGCAUUAGCAGUUCUGUUCCUGUUUGGACUUUUGGCUUAUUUGAUUUGUAUUCCCCUGGCAACGGUUCAAAUAUUUAAUUGGUUAUUGAGUUUAAGUGGACUUCUGGCAAUUUUCACUUAUUUAUUUAUAAAUAUUUGUCAUUUAAGAUUUAGAGCUGGAUUGAGUUAUCGUGCAAGAGAUCCAAAAUCAGAAUUAUUAUAUACUUCUUCGAUAUAUUAUAGUUGGUAUGGGAUUAUUGCAUGUAUAGUGACAAUUGUAUUACAAUUUUGGGCAGCUUUAUUUCCACCUGGAGAAGAAGGAAAUGCAGAUGCAAAAACGUUUUUUCAAAUAUAUCUUUGUGGUCCAGUAAUAUUUUUAUCAUGGUUAGGUCAUAAGAUUUAUAUGAAGAAGAAAAAGGGAGUGAAGCUUAGUAAAUUAUGGUUAACUGCUGAGGAAAUGGAUGUGGAUACUGGAAGAAGAGAAAUUGAUUUAGAGAUUGUUAAGCAAGAAGUUGCUGAAGAGAGAAUAUUGUUGAGUAGGAAANUGAUUUAG